ACGAUAGGCUGCUGAAGAGGUUGAAGACAACAAUGAUAUCUGGCAAUGGGCUGCGUGAAGAUGCCGAGGAGAAGCAGAUAACAAAUACAGCUGUGCGAGAUUGGCUGGACGAGUAUAAAGACGCGGCCUAUGAGGCCGACGACUUCUUGGACGAGAUUGGUUAUGAAGCUCUAUGGCAGGAGUUGGAAGCUGGAGCUCAAACCUUGAGAUGUCAGACGCCGAAGCGGUCGAUCAAAUUAGAAGACCUCCAGGAGAGACUAGAUGACUUGGUUAAGCAAAAGGAUGCCCUUGGUUUGAUCAACCGCACUGGAAAAGAACCAUCAUCGCCUAAAAGGCCAACAACUUCUCUGGUGGAUGAACGUUGUGUUUAUGAUAGAGAUGAUGACAGGGAAGCAAUACUGAAGUUGCUUCUAUCAGAUGAUGCAAAUGGACAAAACCCAGGUGUCGUUCCCAUAGUGGGAAUGGGCGGGGUUGGUAAAACCACGCUCGCUCAGCUUGUAUACAAUCACAGCAGAGUACAAGAGUGGUUCGGUCUCAAAGCUUGGGUUUGUGUUUCAGAAGCUUUCAGUGUUUUGAGGUUAACCAAGGCUAUUCUUGAGGGGUUCGGUUCAAAGCCUGGUCUUGUUAAUCUGGAUCGCCUCCAGCUUCAGUUGAAGAAGAGAUUGCAGGGAAAGAAAUUCUUGCUUGUUUUAGAUGACGUGUGGAAUGAAGAUCAUGCUGAGUGGGACUCGUUGCUUACCCCCCUGAAGUACGGAGCACAAGGGAUGAGUAAGAUUCUUGUCACAACUCGCAAUGAAAGUGUAGCAUCAGUCGUGAGAACUGUUACAACUCAUCAUCUAAAAGAAUUGACGGAAGACAGCUGCUGGUCCGUGUUCUCCAAACAUGCAUUUCGUGGUGAAAACCCCACUGCUCAUGAAGAGUUGCUAGAGAUUGGCAGAGCAAUAGCGAGAAAGUGUAAAGGCCUUCCUCUAGCUGCAAAAACACUAGGACUUCUGCUACGCACCCAAAGAGAUGUCGAGGAGUGGGAGAAGAUAUUGAAAAGCAAUCUAUGGGAUUUACCCAAAAACAAUAUCCUCCCAGCCUUGAGAUUAAGUUAUCUUUAUCUCCCGCCACAUCUGAAGCAAUGUUUUGCUUAUUGUGCCAUAUUUCCAAAAGGCUAUUCAUUUGAAAAGGAUGAAUUAGUGCUCCUGUGGAUGGCAGAGGGCUUCUUGGUCCACUUUGAAGUAGAUGAUAUGGAAAAAGGAGGUGCUGUGUGCUUUGAUGAUCUCUUGUCCAGGUCGUUUUUCCAGAAACCAAGUGCCUCUCGCUCAUCAUUUGUGAUGCACGAUCUCAUGCAUGACUUGGCUAUCUAUGUGUCCGGUCAAUUUUGCUUCAGCUUCACGUGGGGGAAAAAUAAGUCUUCCAAGUCCACUAGAAGGACUCGACAUUUAUCAUUCGUCGAAGAUACGGGAGGCUUUUGUUCAACGACAGGAUCAGAAAUCAUCCGUGAAGCCAAACAUCUACGCACAUACCGAACUUUUCCACGCUUUCUGGAGUGUCAUUCUGAUUUUUAUGAUGAGAUCUUUCAGUCAACAAUUGGGCGCCUACGAGUGCUAUUCAUGACUGAUUGUAGUGAUGCAAUGGUUUGUUCAACUAGUAAGUUGAAGCAUUUGCGGUAUUUGGAUCUUUCCGCGUCAAAUUAUUUAGUAAAGUUGCCUGAAGAGGUGUGUGGUCUUCUCAAUUUGCAAACGUUGAUCUUGGAUUAUUGCGAACGACUUGCUAGUCUACCUGAUCUUGGAAAUUUGAUUAAUUUACGACAUCUGAAUCUUGAAAGAACAGGAAUCGAAAGAUUGCCUGAAUCUCUGGGAAGGUUAAUCAACAUGCGGUAUCUUAACAUCAAAGCGACGCCUUUGAAAGAGAUGCCACCACAUAUAGGUCAACUGGCAAAGCUCCAAACGUUGACUGACUUUCUGGUGGGAAGACAGAGUGAGACUAGCAUUAAAGAAUUGGGAAAGCUACGAUUUCUACAGGGAGAACUUCAUAUUGGGAACCUUCAAAAUAUAGUGGAUGCUCGGGAUGCAGCUGAGGCAAAUUUGAAAGGGAGAAAGGACCUUGAUGAGCUGAGGUUGACAUGGGAUGGGGACACUCAUGACCCGCAACACGUAAGAAGCACACUUGAGAAACUAGAGCCCAAUAGAAAUGUGAAGGUUCUUCAUAUUUAUGGUUAUGGAGGUGUAAGGUUUCCGGAGUGGGUAGGAGAGUCCUCUUUCACAAAUAUAGUGUCCUUGAAGCUCAUUAGAUGUACAAACUGCACCUCCAUACCACCACUUGGGCAAUUAGCUUCUUUAGAGUCUCUCUUAAUUGAAGCAUUCGAAAAAGUUGAGACUGUGGGGCCUGAGUUCUAUGGGAAUUGUACUGCAAUGAAGAAGCCUUUUGAAUCCCUCAAAACAUUAUCUUUUAGAAGUAUGCCAGAGUGGCGCGAGUGGAUUUCAGACGAAGGCAGCCGGGAAGCCUUCCCUCUUCUAGAGAAGCUUUUAAUCGAAAAAUGCCCCAACCUUGCAAAGGCCAUACCUCGUCACCACCUUCCACGUGUAACAAGAUUUACAAUUAGUGGAUGUGAGCAUACCGUUACUCAUGCUUUGAUCAGCCCAACUUUGAUCCACGUAAUAGAGAAAAAUGAAAUCAAGGUCUGUGCUCUCAAAUGCGUCGCGCUGGACUUGCUCCCCAUGUUAGAUUCUCUUUCUAUCAUUGACUGUCCAGAUCUCGAAUCACUAUGUGCAUAUGAAAGACCUCUCAAUGAUCUCACCUUUCUCCGUUCUUUGGAAAUUCAGAAGUGCCCAAAAUUAGUUUCAUUUCCUCUCCUCCCAUCCCUUUACUCUUUGACAAUAAGUGAUUGUUCUGAAGUUGAGUUGUGUCCAGAAGGGGGUUUUCCCUCCACAUUACAAUCACUUGAGAUUUGGAGGUGCAAUAAACUCAUUGCAGGCCGCAUGCAAUGGGGCCUGCAAACGCUCCCUUCUCUUUCACACUUCACAAUUGGUUUGGACGAAAAUGUUGAAUCCUUCCCUGAAGAGAUGCUGCUGCCCUCGAGUCUUACAUCUCUUACCAUCAGCUCCCUAGAACACCUGAAAUCUCUUGACUACAAGGGGCUUCAACACCUCACCUCUCUUAAUGAAUUGACUAUAAGGAACUGCCCUUUGAUUGAGUCAAUGCCAGAAGAAGGGUUGCCCUCCUCCCUUUCUACUCUUAGACUUCACAGGUGUCCUAUGCUGGGUGAAAGUUGUGAAAGGGAGAAAGGUAAAGAUUGGCCCAAGAUUUCUUACAUUCCUCGCGUAGACAUUAGUUGAAAGGAGGUUUUCUUUCAAUCGUCCAACAUAUUGAGGUAUUGCUACUAAAUAGUUUAUUUUCUUUUCAGUAGUCAAAGGCAAUUUCAGUUAAAAUUUGGAUGAAUGAAAUACAGAUAUUUUCUUCCAUAAUUAUUGUCUCUCAUUCAUCUCCAUAAAUAAUAAUCAUCAUUGUAUUUCAA